AUGUCUUUGGAGAGAUUCGAAUUCGACCGCACAAGUAUCAGUGCUUGGAUCAAGUGGGUGCUUAGUGACCCUAAGGGAUACAGUUCCCAAUGCUUCAUGAAACUCGACCAAAACAUCUUCCCGUUCAACAACUUCGAGGUCGAUUCUUUCACAAGAGCCCCAGUCUUUAAACCCCGUCAAAGCUGUCUCAUUUAUGUCACACCGCUGUCUGCAGCAGCAUACCUAAGAGACGAAGAGGCUGUCAAACGUGUGUCAAAAUCCCCUGAUCCUCACGAAUCCAAUGAGCGCAUUAGCCCUCUCUCACUAGCCUAUCUUGAAGGACUCUCCAGCAUUAUCCAACUUCUUGCUAAGAGGAAUGAAACUGGCAAUCCCUUGAAUACAGUGCAUAUUGCUGCGAGAACGGGCCAGGGCCAUUACAUCUGCCACCUCUAUCAGAAAUUCCGUUUCAAGCAAGGCAUCAAUGAUGUGGAUUCAGUCCCGCCCGCCAUUCACGCACUGUACCUAGACGACGAUGAACAAAUAAAAGAGAUUUUUUUUAGAGCUUCUCGAUCUGGAUAA